UGCUGCAUCUGUGAAUGACAUGAGGAUGUGAGAGAAUACAGCGACAGCGAGACGGACGGGGGGUGUCUCGGCUAGGUGCUUUUAUAGCCAUUCGUCAGCGGACUGAUAUAUGAACGAUGAGGAAUACAAUAAGGACUUACUGAGGAACGGCAAAAACUUCAAAGACCCCCCAGGGGUUGAAACUCCAUCGAAAGGCCUGGAUUUGACCCUGAGUCUUCCUCAUCUGUCUGUCAUGGACUACAUGGAUUGUGUUUUAGUGAGUGUUUGACCUCAGACAUAACCAUGGUGGUGAGGUGGUUGCUCAACUCCCAUUGAGAACACAAAAAAUGAGAGUGUGAAGCUGCAGGGCAGGCAGCGCAGCCACAUGAUUCGAUGACUCUGGACAUGGACGCGGUCCUGUCAGACUUUGUUCGGUCCACAGGGGCAGAACCGGGUCUGGCAAGAGACCUGCUGGAAGGUAAAAACUGGGACCUGAGUGCUGCUCUGAGUGACUAUGAGCAGCUUCGGCAAGUACACACUGCCAACCUGCCCCAUGUCUUCAAUGAGGGCCAUUACUUUAAGCAGCCAGAGCGUAGCAGCACCCCACAGCACAUCAGCAAGCCUGAGCAAUGCCUCCAGAAACAAGAGGACAACACUCAAGAAAAGCGUCUGUCUCGGGGCAUUUCCCAUGCCAGCUCUGCCAUCAUGUCUCUGGCCCGGCUGCAGGUGUCAGGGGAUUGUGCCAGGGAGCAGUUCCCCCUGGAGAUGCCCAUCUACACAUUCCAGCUGCCCGACCUGAGCGUGUACAGCGAGGACUUCCGCAACUUCAUCGAGCGUGACCUCAUCGAGCAAUCCACCAUGGUGGCCCUGGAGCAGGCUGGUCGAUUGAAUUGGUGGUCCACCAUGUGCACCAGCUGUAAGAAGCUACUACCACUAGCCACAACAGGAGAUGGCAACUGCCUUCUGCAUGCAGCUUCUUUAGGAAUGUGGGGCUUCCAUGACAGGGAUUUGGUGUUGAGGAAGAGUCUGUAUGCCAUGAUGAAGAGCGGGGCAGAGAGAGAAGCUCUGAAGAGGAGGUGGAGGUGGCAACAGACUCAACAGAACAAAGAGUCUGGGCUGGUAUACACUGAGGAGGAAUGGGAAAGAGAGUGGAACGAAUUGCUGAAGCUGGCCUCCAGUGAGCCACGCACACACUUUAGCAAGAACGGCAACUCCAGUGGAGGAGUGGAUAACUCAGAAGACCCGGUUUACGAGAGCUUGGAGGAGUUUCAUGUGUUUGUACUGGCUCACGUUCUGAGAAGACCUAUUGUGGUGAUAGCUGACACCAUGCUCAGAGACUCUGGAGGUGAAGCUUUUGCACCAAUUCCCUUUGGAGGGCUGUACCUGCCUUUGGAGGUGCCUCCCAACCACUGUCACUGUUCCCCGCUGGUGUUGGCCUACGACCAGGCCCACUUCUCCGCCCUGGUGUCCAUGGAGCAGAGAGACCAGCAGAGAGAGCAAGCCGUCAUCCCAUUGACCGACUCUGAGCACAAGCUGCUAGCUCUGCACUUUGCAGUGGAUCCAGGAAGGGACUGGGAGUGGGGGAGGGAUGACAAUGACAACACCAAGCUGGCAAAUCUUAUUCUGUCACUAGAAGCUAAACUAAACCUUCUUCACAACUACAUGAAUGUAACAUGGAUUCGAAUUCCAUCUGAAACAAGGGCUCCCUUGGCUCAGCCAGAGUCACCCACUGCCUCUGCAGGUGAGGACGUACAGUCUCUAGCAGAAUCCAUGGAUUCGGACCGGGAGUCCGUUUGCAGUAACUCCAACAUCAAUAACGGCAAGUCAAGUAAGGACAAGGACAAGCAGCGAAAGGACAAAGACAAAACUCGGGCGGACUCAGUGGCCAACAAGUUGGGAAGUUUUAGCAAGACUCUUGGUAUCAAACUUAAGAAGAACAUGGGUGGACUUGGAGGGCUUGUCCAUGGCAAGAUCAGCAAGUCCACCUCGACGAAUGGUCGGACAGUAGAGAACGGUGAGCAGAAAUCCAAGAAAAAGGACUCUAAAACACGAAAAGGCAGCAAAGAGGAGUCCGGCCAGUCAGCCAGCACGUCCUCCUCAGAGAAGGCAAUGAGUCCCUCUCCUACAGACCACGCCUCUGGUAGCUCACCUGUCGAGAGACAGUCAGGAUCAGGCAAAAACUCAGGUGACCGGACUCUGGACAACUGGAAGUACAGCACAGAUGUAAAACUUAGCCUAAACAUUCUUCGGGCAGCCAUGCAGGGCGAGCGAAAGUUUAUUUUUGCUGGGUUGUUGCUGACCAGCCACAGACACCAGUUCCACGAAGAGAUGAUAAGCUUCUAUCUGAGCAGCGCCCAAGAACGCUUCAGUGCUGAGCAGGACCAGAAGAGAAAAGCUGAGGCUGAGAAGAAAACUCAGACCAAUGGGGUUCCACUGAAGAAACCUGAACAAGAGAGCAUUUUCCAAAGGGAGUGUUCAGAUAGCUCCCCACCUGAAAGCUGCUCACCUGUAUUGCACCCCAGCCAUAAUCUUUCACAGGCUGUGAAGGUCCAAGAAAGGGGAAGUCCCAAGCUUGCUGCUUCCCCCAUUCCAAUACCCAUCCCAAACUCCAUGUCACCUGUCCCUUUCUCUUCCCCUAGUAACGGUGCUAAGAGACCCAGACCAGUCCCUGUUUCAGCUCACUAUAGCCAUACGCCACCUAUCCAGAGGCACAGUGUUAUCCACCUGAGGGAUGUCAAUGUGCAGUCAUCCAGCUACCAGGGUGAGUCCUACAAACCGGUUGUGGGCACACUUAAGACCUGUGCAACUUACCCUCAACAAAACCGCUCACUGUCCUCUCAGAGCUACAGCCCAGCCCACAUGUCUGGGAUUCGUACUGUUAAUGCCAUAGAUACCCUCCCGUACAACAUGCCUGGGGAACACAAGUCCCACACUUACACCAAUGGCUUCAACACUGGCAACAUCCGGGACUGUCUGGAGUUUGCUGACGAGGACCCGCCACCCCAUGCCUGGCAUGGGCAGGACAAAAACAAAGGGCAGAGUGCCAUUUGUCCUAUGUACUACUUUCAGCAGAAACGCUGCAGGAGGGAAAACUGCACCUUCUAUGGGCGGCCUGAGACAGAGAACUUUUGCUCCUACUGUUAUAGAGAGGAGUUGAAACGCAGGGAAAGGGAGUUGAAGGUGCACCGGCCUGGAUAGCCCUCCAAACAAACACAUAUACAGCCACCCCCAAUUUGUGUGAAAAUAACGGCAACACAACCACCUUUUUGCACUUUGCAAGUGAUACAAAGAACUGGCAUAACAUUUUCCUUCUAUAUUUAAGACCGGUCUCCUUGUAUUGUUGUUACGUCACACUCAAUAGUGAACGAACACUGCUUUAAGGCUACAGUAUACUUCGGUUUUCUGGUGCCACUACGUAUCAUACACAGAGCAUGCAUCAGCACAGUUUGAGCAGACUGUCUGAAUCCAGCCCAGUUUUUCUAGCCUUGCGUACCUGUAUGCAUCUGUGUGCAUCAUCUGUGCAUGCUCCUGCUGUUGAAUGUACUUAAGAGUAUCACAAAGCAGUUGCAGUGCACAUGCAUCGAGUGUGUCCAUACGGGUUUGUGGUAAAAAGCAUAUACUUUGAAAGGCUAGAUCGCUUGACCCUUCGUGAGAUGUAACGGCACACAGAAAAACGAAAUAUACCCUAGCAUUUACAAUGACAGGAAGUGCAACCAGAAUCAGUUUACAGCUUUGGCCAGAGAUUGCGUUAUUGUUUGUCUAAUGUCUAAUUGAAUUCAAUCUUUUACUUGUUCUAGAGUAAAAGCUCAUGUGUUGUAAGACUCCUUGUACCUGCAGAAAGAGAUGUUAAAGCAAAUGUCAGUCUCUCUGAAGGGGCUUCCCAAAUCAAGGAAGGGUAGACUCUCUUUAGAGGUCAUUAUAAUGCAAUACUUCACAGCAUAGCUCUUUGGAAUCUCAAUAUCGAAAAGCACUGAUUUUUGCUGUGCAUUGCAAAUAAUUACAAAGGGAGGGAGAAGUACUGUUCAGCACUGGAAUUUUUUGGAAAGCAAUAAGUUUGUUAACAACCACCAUCCCUUCUCCCCUUUUUUAUCUAUGCAUUCAUAAUGUCAGCCAUAUUCUACUUUUUACCCAUAUGAUUCUAUGGGAUGUGGAUGGGAUUUGUAGAUGUCUGCUGUAAAAAGAUUAUUAUUAUAGUGGAAAUAUUCAAUACGUGGCAUAUCAAAAUGUGCUUUCAAAUUGACCUUGUGGUAUACUGCAUAAACAGUAUAUACUGACUUUCCAUCUUGCAGCAUAUUGUUAUAUAAAGCCUUUUCAUAGAAGGGUUUGCAUUCCACAAUGAUAUCAAAUGAAUCCUCAAUAUUGUGUGGUACUUGACAUGUGAUACAGUAAGCAGUUGACUUCCAUGCAGUGCUGUCUGUAUUUGCAAUAUAUUAUGGAGUCAUGCUAGCAAAUGCAAAAUUACACCUUUGAAACAUCUUAAGCAUUUCAUACUUAUAUCUUGAGGAUUUAAGUAUGAAAUGCAAACCCUUAUUUGCUGCUUGUAAAACCUUGAAUGUGUCAACUGUUUAUUACCUUCAUUAAUGGCACAGUCUGGCUUUAAGUGGCAACUGUUCAUCAACAUUCUCUAGCACUCAUGCUAACACUGCUAUGCUAGCCUCUUAUGUGCCAAAAAAGGUCCCUUAUUUCAUUUGUCCUCUGGAAUGUUUGAUUUAAUAUUUUUGACUCAUAUAGAUUACAUUUUUCACAACAGUGUUCUAAAUAGGUAAUGGACAAGGUACCAGUGACCAUGUUUAAUGUCACUGAGAGCUAAAUUCAUUGUGACACAACAAAUUGAGCUAUGGGAUGUUUCAUAAACAGUAUUGACCAUUGCAGUGUAAACCCAUUACAUAAACAGCUACAGUACAUUCAAGGGUACUAAGUUCCACUGUCAAAAAGCACUAGUCCUCAUUGUGUGCAAGGAAAUCAGGAUGCUACAUGUAACUUCCAUAAAAAUAAAAAAAAUCUGGAAUUGCUGCAAACUUGCUGCAAAUGUUGCCACUUAUUAAUUUUCACAUGUAAAUGAGCUUGGCAGCCUACUCUUCCUUGUCGCCAAAGUUUUGCUACACGUUCACCACUACCGGUGAAAAACUGCAAACAUUCGCAGUGAAUAGCAAGCUUAUUUGCAUGUGAAAAUAAUGACUGCUGAAUUUGUGAGAAGGGUAUAGCUGCAGGCAUUGCUCCCAAAAGGGGCGGUCACUCCAAACCGCCAUUGAAGAUAUAGGGAGCGCCUUACCUAACCCUUUCCCUAACCUUCCCUAAUGUGAGUGGAAAGUGACGUUGGUGCAACCCCCUUUUGGAGUAACCAUGCCCCUUUUGGAAAUUUUGCCCCCAUUUGGAGGUCUCCGGCCUGCAGCUAUACCUAUUUGGAAUUUGUGGCAAGUUUGCGAGAUCUCUAGAUUUUUUCUAAGGGUCUGCCAUUCAAAAAAACCACACAACAUUGUGCCAUCAACAAAAAUGACUAGUGUGCUAACCACUUUAUGUGUCUCUUCUAAGCAAAGGCCCCACCAAGUGCUUUUCUACUCCACAGUCAAGAUUACCAUAAGAGCAAUGCUUAUUGUAUUUUGUUGUGUGAGAUGUCGAGGUAACCCAAGCUGUGUCUCAGUAAGUGUGUUUUGUCUUUCCUGGCCAAGGAUGUCCACUGCUUCCUUUGUUCCCUUCCAACGUUUCUAUACCUCUGCCAUUGCGUGUCUGCCCCCCUCAGUUCACCUGCUUUUUGUCCCCUCCCUCAUUUAUAUUUGACAAGCUCAUGGACUCUCACCAUCUUAGAAUUGUAAAGUAUGAUUUUGUAUUCAUUUGAGAGUUUUACACUAAAUUAUUAAUUUGCACAUUAGGUACAAAUGUAAAUAGCAGGAGAAAAAGAGACAAAAUAAGAUUAGUUUAUUGUUAACAAUGGUGUCCGUGUGGUUCUUUUAAUUGUUUUUCUGGAAGCAAGGUGUGUGCAUGUGUGUCUUUGUGUGCUGGCAGUCUUUGCGUGCCUGCGUGUGUUUUUUCUCAACGUCCUGUAAUUUGAGAAGUGCCCUAGGCUGCUGUUUUAGUCUACGGUAUACAACACCCACAUUAGACUGUCUGCCUUCUCAAAUUAUUGAUCCAAUGAAACUGGAAUAUAUUCCUGUAUAAAGCCGUGCAUGUCCUGUGCGGUUUAACCUCCAUAUCCAUGCAGUAGUUGCUGUCAGUUGUGGAACACAGCCUAGGACACCAGUGUUAUGUAUGAAACACAGCACCUAACAGCUGCUUUACAUGUUACCUGUCUAACAUCUGCCAGAAGAGUCUCAAACUGACAGAGUCUCUCUGUUAUGCUGCACGUUCACUUAAGACUCAUUUAAUUCUUUGCAUACUGUACUUAGAGGGAUUUUAGAGGCCUGGUAUUUGAAAUACAAGUCAAGUCACUCAAAAGUGUGCCUUGUUAUUUAAAAUGUUAGUUAAAUAAUGAGGUAAAUGAACUAAAAAAAUGGGAGGUAGACACCCUUUAAAAGUGUAUCGGGAAAGAAAAAUUUAAAAGGAGAUCUUAUUAAUAUUCUAGUUGUUUCUCGAAGAUAGCAACGAGAUCAAAUGGAGAAUAAAUGGAAACUUUAAAGGGAUAGUUCACUUAAAAAUGAAAUUUAAUGCAUUUACCCUCAUGUUGUUCCAGACCUGUAUGACUCUUCUGUUGUACAUAAAAGGAGAAAUGUAGCAUAAUUUUCAGAGAAAUACCUGAGACAACGUUGAUCUUUAAAUGAAACAGAACUGAAAAUUCAAGUCUCUGAACAUUUUUUAUUUUAUUUUUUUCUGGGUGGUUAUACAUGUUAAGGAAUUUGCAUGUUAAGCCACUCUGCUUAUGAGACUCCAAAAUAUUAGAAUGUCACUCUGGCUUAUCUGUUAUCAACAAAUGUAAUUUCCAUCAUGCGUGAGAGGUUUUACAAUUGUCCUGAAACAGGAUACUUGCAAGUUUUGCAAAAGUAUCAUGGACACACCCCCACCUACACAUUUUACUAAGAGCAGAUCUCAGAGCACAUGGUACACAAGACAUAAUUCUGCUGAUACAGGGCGCUCUCCCAGGAACUGGACCGUGUUCUUAAGCUUUCAGAAAGAUGGAGAAUAACUCACUUAUUGUGCCAUAAUUGGCUUAGCGUUUAGCAACCUAAAUAUCAUGCCUUUAUCAGUGGUUUUGCAAGGGAUUUAAAAGGGUACUCUUAUCGGUAUUAAAGGAAUAGUACACCUGAAUAUACAUUUCUGUCAUCAUUUAGUCACCCUCAUGAUGUUCCAAACCCAUUUGCACAUUAUUAUUUUAUGCAUAUACACAUUUAUGUGCAUAAUACAUUUCCAGACCAGUUCUAAACAUGGUUCUAAGUGAGAGCAUUAUAAUAUGAUAUUAUUAUGUUCUGACUUAGGACCAUGUCUCCAUGUAUUAUGUUUAAUGGGACAACCACAAAAACAGUCAUACGUGCAGUGCCCCGAACCCUUAAGAGCUCAGCAGAUGGGAGAGAUGAUUUUCUUUUGUAGAAGGUCACGUGAACAGUCAUCUCUGCUCAAGGCAGCGUGCACAAAGACGCAAAGACACCCAGCCAUCUAUCAAUCAGCGCUAAGGCCCGUUUACAGCUCUUCCGUGACCUAGUUUGCAUUUGUGCGUAUCUCUCUUCAAAACAUUUCCCUGCCCAUGAUUUUUCUCAGAAGUGCCUUGUAAAUAAAAUUUGACUUUGUGUUUGGCAGCAUACAGGACUGAAGUUGCUCAAAGAAUGUGAAAAAUGCAAGAAGGAAAAACGAGGUCAUCCAAUGCACACAGUGUACUGUAUGUGUUUGUGCCGUAUUGUUUGUGAUCCAUAGUGUGCUCAAGUAGGGCAUGGCAUGUUGUGUUUAUAGGACUGAAUGUUAAGAGGUCUUGUGACGUGGCUGCCAAUGCUUUAUUGUGCUGUACAGUACGUAUUAGGACAAGGCAGCACUAGUGUACCAUUGUAUGGGGUCAGUCUUUCAUUUAGCUGGGUCAGUUCAGACAAAGGACACAAUUUCCAAGCCAAGAUCAACGGUGUCUCUUGACUUGUACUGUGCUUUUUUAAUGAUACCGUUGAACACAAAAGGAGGACUUUUUGAAGAAUCUUCAGGCAGCUCUUUUCCAUGAAACAACAGUUCAUAGUGACCAU